GUUGUUCCUGUUUUGGUACAUCUUCUCUCAGCUAUCAGCAGUGUCCGACUUUACAUUCCAAAAGACCUGAGGCCUAUUGACAACAGGCAAAGUGUCUUAAAAUCUAUACAAGAAGUACAGAAGCGAUUUCCCGAUGGAGUACCGUUACUGGACCCUAUUGAUGACAUGGGUAUCAAAGAUCAAGGACUGAAAAAAGUAAUCCAAAAAGUAGAAGCAUUUGAGCAUAGGAUGUAUUCACAUCCUCUUCACAAUGAUCCCAACUUGGAAACUGUGUACAAACUCUGUGAAAAAAAGGCACAGAUUGCUAUGGAUAUUAAAGCAGCAAAACGAGAACUGAAAAAAGCCAGAACUGUUUUACAAAUGGAUGAGCUCAAGUGCCGCAAGCGUGUUUUGAGAAGACUGGGAUUUGCCACGUCUUCAGAUGUUAUUGAGAUGAAAGGACGGGUCGCUUGUGAAAUCAGCAGUGCUGAUGAACUACUUCUGACAGAGAUGAUGUUCAAUGGUCUCUUCAGUGACUUAUCUGCAGAACAGGCAACUGCACUACUAAGCUGUUUUGUAUUUCAAGAGAACUCCAGCGAAAUGCCAAAGUUGACAGAGCAGUUGGCAGGACCACUUCGGCAAAUGCAGGAGUGUGCAAAAAGAAUCGCCAAGGUGUCAGCAGAAGCAAAACUGGAAAUUGAUGAAGAAAAUUACUUAAAUUCUUUCAGACCCAACCUAAUGGAUGUUGUGUAUACAUGGGCAAAUGGAGCUAACUUUGCUCACAUCUGCAAAAUGACUGAUGUCUUUGAAGGUAGCAUAAUUCGUUGUAUGAGAAGACUCGAAGAAUUGCUUCGACAGAUGUGCCAGGCUGCAAAAGCCAUUGGAAACACAGAGUUGGAAAAUAAGUUUGCAGAGGGGAUUACAAAAAUCAAGAGAGAUAUCGUGUUUGCUGCAAGCCUUUACCUGUAACAGAAGGUACCUUCUAAAAACAGUACUAGAUUCACAUUAUGGAACAAGUGCAUCAGCUUCACAUGCUACUUCCAUCUCAAGUCAUUAUUUCUUUUAAUAGUGUGUAUUUAAACCACAGUUGUUUCAACAAGGCAUGUACAAACAGCAGUGUAUGUAAUAUAACUGUUACCGUGUUUACAAUAAAAA